AUGGCCUCCGUGCUCGUCCCAGUCCUCUACGUCGGUAUAGUCAUCGGCAGUUUACUCGUAUUCUCCCACUUUUACAGAAAACGCAACACAGGAAAGUUAUACGAGCCAUAUUUCUCGUCCCAUCCAGAACGAGAUGUCUACGUUACUCUUCUUCAGCAGUCAGAUCCUCCUGUACACGAAGCGCUCCUCAAAGCAGCUCUUCUCCGACGCGCCAUGACGGACGUGAGCCGUGUAGUCAAAUUACGCGAGGACAAACCAGCGCUACAGAACCUACUCCAGAAGGGUUCGAUCGGCGACGAUCUAUGGAAUAGCUUGUUACAAGCGGAGAAGGAACUCGAGGCUGAGAUCUUGGAGGUCGUUGCAGAGGCAAACACCUUCGUGGAGGGCUGGGGAGGCCUCAUCUUCCAAACUGCAGGGGAAAUGCUGGCAAACGAGAAAAUGCGGGGUAUUUAUGAAGAUACAUCGGCGGCGAGAGCGAGAAAAGGCCAGUUUUAUUUCCACGCGGCUGUGUUGGCAGCUAUGCAAGCGCACGCACAAGCACAGGCGCAAGCAAAAACUCAGGUCCAAGGCCGCCCAGCACCAACGUCAAUGCCAGAAAAACCUCUAGGAGGACUCACUCCACCUGGCACUGGCCGUCCCCAGAGUGUCGUAUCGAGUGAUGGGGAGGGUGAACCCACGCGGUCCCCAUCAAAAUCGCCUAGGAAGAACAGGAAGCGUAAGUAG